AGUUACUCUUCUCUUAAAGACCUGGAUCUGCUGACUCGGUACUCUAGUUUCAGCCUUACUUUUACACCACCUAGAAAAUAUAUGAACGUGAAACAGUUUGUUGAACUUGAAAUCUUCAGUGGAGAAACAAGAUACAACAAAGACAAGAUAUUGCAAGGCCAAGGAGUGGAUGAGCCGCUUUCUGCAACUGGUUUCAGACAAGCAGAUGCUGCUGGUGUAUUUCUCAGUAAUGUGAAGUUUACUCAUGCCUUCUCAAGUGACCUCCUGCGAGCAAAGCAGACUGCUGCCACAAUUCUAGGAAAAAAUAAGUUUUGCAAAGAUUUGAAAAUCAAGUAUGACGCAAGACUUCGAGAACGAAAAUACGGUGUUGCAGAAGGAAGGCCUUUGACUGACCUCAAGGCUAUGGCAAAGGCUGCUGGAGAGCAGUGUCCUUCAUUCACACCUUCUGGAGGAGAAACACUGGAUGAAGUAAGGGAACGCGCAAGAGAUUUUUUUGAAUUUCUGUGUCAGCUGGCUGUUGAAUUGGAGCAGAAAGAACAAGACGCGCAUGGUGCGGCAAGCAGAAGCUCAGGAACAUCUGAAGAACAGUUUGUGUUCCCUUGGACAAACCACUACAGUGAAUCAGAACUUGGCUCUGGUAACGGUGGUGCUUCUAGGAUAUUAGAUGCCAAUAUAUUAGUGGUGAGUCAUGGAGCCUACAUGAGGAACUGGAUUGGUUAUUUUGUUUCAGAUCUCAACUGUACUUUACCAACAAAUUUAACAAAGUCUCAGUUGUCUUCUGUGAGUCCCAAUACAGGAGUUAGUCAUUUCAUUGUAAAACUUGAAAAUGGAAAUUUGUUAAAACCUGAAAUCACAUGUGUUUGUCUUAAUCAAGACUCUCACUUAGUGGAUGUGGGAGCUGAAUGUGUAGCUCAAAAGGUGUUUUAAGAGUCUUUGUAGGGAUAUGAGAUUUUAGAUCACCAUUAUACUAAGCUUGGUAAAGGUAUCUGUAGUAAUUACUG